AUGUGGCAAAUGGCAGCGCCGCAUCAUGUCACCUUCAUGCAAGUUGCAACCAGUUGCCUCUCAGUCUCGACCAAUGUCUGUCGCGUCGAGCGAAGUAUUGGAAGAGCUCGUCCCAUCACCAAUCGUGCAAAACAUGAUCGAAAUGAACCCAUCUUACAACAUUUUGAGGAGUUGCAGUCGGUAGAAAGAGUCCCUAACAUUCACGUUACCGCUGUGGUUCAUCCAAAUGCAGAGCUUGGACCGAAUGUCCUUGUUGGACCUUAUUCCGUGAUUGGACCAGAUGUCGUACUAGAAGCAAAUGUUCAUCUACAGAGUCACGUGGUCAUUAAUGGCAAGACGCGUAUUAGUCACGGCACGCAGAUUCACUCGUUUGCAAGUUUAGGUGGAGAACCACAAGACAGGAAACAUUUGGUACUUCCACAGACGGAUGAGAGAGAUUGGACAUUAACAAUUGGCACUCAUUGUGUCAUUCGUGAGCACGUAACGGUUCAUGGCAGUACAUCGUAUUCAGAAUUUCCAACAACUAUUGGUGACAAUUCGUGGCUGUUAUGUGGGGCACAUGUAGCCCAUGAUUCACAAUUGGGAAGGCGUGUUACGGUCGGAAAUAAUGUGUGUAUUGCUGGUCAUGUGUCUAUUGGGGACGGAGCUAUCAUUGGUGGACAAGUUGGGAUUAAGCAGUAUGUGAGCAUCGGUCCUCUAGCUAUGAUAGGCGGACAUAGUGCAGUGGAUGGUGACGUCCUGCCGUACGGCUUGGUCCUGGGCAAUCGUUCAAAGCUCGCAGGGCUGAAUCUCGUUGGCCUGCGUCGUGCUGGAGUGUCACGAAGCAAUAUUAAGCUGCUGCUGCAAGUGUACCGCUACAUCUUUGGCGAUUGUGGUAGCAACAAAACGGGAUUUGCGCCUGCACUUGAUUUGACGUAUAGAAAAACACUCGUUGAGCGUGCGAUUGAGGCGAAGCAGUUUUUGGUAGGACAAGAGCUAGAUGCUGAACGGGCGCCCAUGGUUCACGAAAUGAUGGACUUUGUCAUAGCUUCCCCGCAGCGCUUCCGUUCGUCUUUGUGCCUCGCGUUUAUCGCUACUUCUUCGCAAUAG